AUGUGCACGGGCCGGAGGGUGCUGCGGCCGCCCGAGGAAGAGGAGGACGGCGGCGGCGGCGAGGAGAGCGGGGGGCUCGCGGCGGCGGGCCCGGGCCGAGGGGAUGCAGCGGACUGUGUGUGUCUGACUGUAGCUGACGCGAGGCGGCGAGGAGGCGCCGGAGAUCCGCCAAAGGGGCGACCAGGGGGCGGCCGCGGUGGCGGCCGCGAGAAGUAG